AUGUGGAAGCCGGGCGAGGCGGGGGCAGUGAUGCUCCGCGCCCGGUUGAUCUCGGCAAAGUGGCCGCUACACUACCAGCAAAAGAUGUGGCGUCUCUUGCUCGCGCGUGUUCGGUUCCUUGACUCGGUGUUCAAGCUUGCGCAGCGAGCGGUGCAGUUUGUUGAGGCAUUCCGCAGCAACGGCCUCGAUCUCGUGGUCUACAUCGACGGCUUGGCCUUGCCCAUGAAACGCACCGCCAUGUUGGCCCGUCGGCAACGGACUGCGGUGAGGGUUAGUACCCUAUUCGACUUUGUGCAGUACAACAAGAAGAUCGAGAAUCCUUUCAAAGACGGCAUUCUGCCGAUACUCUCCAUGCGCACCAUGGUCCAUGCGUUGCGCUCCGCUGGUGCCUCGGUGUCCUUCUCCUACUUCGAGGGAGACCUUGAGCUUGCCCAGCAUGCCGCCGCCCACCCCAACUGCAUCGGAGUGCUGGGGAAGGAUUCAGACUUUCUCAUCUUUCAGAUGGGCCAGAACAAGCGCUACUUCUGCCUGAAGAGCCUACAGUUCCGUGCGCCCAAAGGAAACAGUAAGGCCAAUGGCAGCCGCGGCUGCAAGAUCGUCGCUCAGGCCUUCAACAUAGAGGAAACUUCCCGCCUUCUAGGCUUCCACCACAAGUCGUUUUUCACCGUCAUCGAGAAGGUGUCGCUGUUCUUCGCCCGGCAGACCGUCACCGCCUCUAAGGGCGAGCCCACCGACGAAAGGACCACGGCUGAUGCUCAGAGCACGGACGUAGCGGACGACGAUGUGGAACGAGUGCUCUGUAAGAUCCUAGAUCAUGCCGUGGACAACGCGCAAGCGUUCUACGAAGGCCUGCUGCGGGCCAGCAUAGAUGCCUACACCCUCAAGCGAAGUUGGAGGGUCUUACCGGGGCAAGGCCAGCUUCCACUGACCUACGACAGUGAGCUAUUCCCUUCGCUCGUGGGCGUGCUCCAUGACUCUGAGUUCUGGUGCUCGGUCGCGCUCACCGACCACGCCAACUUCCGCGAUCCGUACAAGCUGCUCAGGCCCGUGCGAAGGAAGCUCUAUGGCAUACUUCUAGCCGUGGAGGCGAAGAAACGAAGGGAAACGCGCGCCGAGAAACUAGAGAUCAAGAAGGAGAGGACGCGAGAAAGGCAAGCGGCGAUGCUCGGCGGCAAUGCCACAGAGGGCUCCACCCAGGCCCGGGAGAAGACUGGGAGCGCCGGGGCUGAUGACGUAAGCAACAAGUCAGAGGCGACCAACGGGAAGAAGGCCACCAGAAGGAGAAGGAAACGGAGUACCAAGACCACUUCCGUCACGCUCACGAUCAACGAGAUUAGGCAAACGGAGUCCGACUACCUGGCCAAGACCCCGGUGCAGGUGGUCUGGGCAGACCAGGGCUCGAGCGCGGCCAUGCGAGCCGCCGUGGAGCUCCCGUCCGUUGCAGAACUCCACUCUGCUGACGCGGCCACCGAUAUGCGACUCUGCACGUUCCUCCACCUCUUCAACGCCAACUGGGCGCCAUUCCGACGCUCCGACGAGGUCCCUCGGCAGUUCCUCGUCCCCUGUUGCGUGCUCCGGUUCCUGCUCACUCAGGGCGAGCCGCCCGAGACCCAGCCACCCCAGGCGCCGCACGCUGAAGAGUCCACGAGCGAGGCCGGCGGCCCGGGGCGAGCAAGCAAUGCUGCUGAUCGCCUGCCGCCAUCUUACCGCUCGUGUCGACGCAAUCCGGCGUUCAAGGAGUGGGAGUUCGACACGCUGCUGCUCCAUGUUGUGCUGCGGCUGUCGAAGGAGCGAGACGUGGUGGCGAGCAACGGCGGUCGGGUCGAUCUGCUGGUGGCGGAGCCGCGCGAAGAGGCCGCUCCUGCGUGGCCGGGAGGACUCGAGACCAAUGAUCGGAAGCGGGUGCUCUGCCUGGGCACGCUCUACCAAGUCGGCGUGCAGCACGCACUGCUGGGCCACGAACUGUGUAACGAUCCGCUCGAGCUGCCGCCACCUUACAUCUACUUCGAUGGGCGGGAGUGGUACGACGCUUACGUCGACGCCUGGGCCAGCGAGAAGGCCCACGAGGACCACCUGCGGACCCAGGCGUCGGCCUUCACGCCCCAGCGCCGGGCACGGUCCAACCGCCACCGACGUGCCAAGCUCGCCGGAGGCCGCAGCGACAACCGCGCAUCGACCAGCUCACGAGCAGGCACGAGCAGCGCAGUUGAGGGCGACGUUGGAGACAGUGAGACCGACAGAGAAGACUAUCGACGCAAGCGGUGGACCAAGCGGUAUGGUGAGGAGGUGGUGCGCCUCCACGAUCGGCUCAAGGAGGCCAUACUCGACGGCCUGAUUGUCGACGAGGGGCACAGCCUCUGGCGCUCUUGA